AAAUGCCCAGGACAGAUGGCAGCGCCCGAGGGGCGCAGGGCAGCUCCGGGGCUGCAGGCGACACGCCCGUGCCCAGUGCACCCGGUGGUGCUGCGGCUUCCGCUGCCCAGCUCUAGCCGGGCGGGGAAACGCCAGAGGGGGCGGUGUGGGGGGAAGGGGGGGGAGGGGAGGGCAGGGCAGGGCUGGGGCAGGGCUGGGCGGGCCGAACUGGGCAGAGCCGCCGCUUCCAGGAGGCCGCCCCGCUCCCCGGGGCCUGUCCCCUCCGCCCCGGGACCGCGGGAGACAGGGCGCCCACCGGCUGGGCUGCAUGGGGCUCCCGCGCGACCCGCUCUUCUGGCUUCUGCUCCUGCUCUUGGCCUCCUGCUCGGGGAUCCUCUUCGCCCUGUUCUCCUCCGUGGGGAAGCCACACCCGGGGCCCCAGUCCGGAGCCAGGAGCUCCACGGUGCCUCGGGCGUUCUCUGGACCCAAGACCGCGAAUUCGGGGACAAGAAAGGGCCGGCCGUGCGGACCCCCUCUGGCUCUGGCCGCUCAGCGGCACCCACGCUUCCGAGGCCUGUUCGACUUCUCCCGGCCCGUGCUGCUGUCCGGGGGCCUCUACACCCAGCAGCUGUGGGACAGCCUGAGCCAGCGCAAAGCCCCCUAUGGCUGGCAGGGGCUCUCCCGCCAAGACGUCAUUUCCACCCUGAGCCUCCUGAAUGGCUCGGAGAGCGCCCAGCUGUUCGGCGCCGGGAGGAAGCCGCGCCAGGACUGCGUCCGGUGUGCCGUGGUGGGCAACGGGGGCAUUCUGAACGGUUCCCGCCAGGGUCUGGACAUCGAUGCCCACGACUACGUGUUCAGACUCAAUGGAGCCGUGAUCAAAGGCUUCGAGCAGGAUGUGGGCACCAAGACCUCCUUCUACGGUUUCACCGUGAACACGAUGAAGAACUCGCUCAUCUCCUACGGGAAGCUGGGCUUCACCUCGGUGCCGCGAGGACAGGGUCUCUGUCGCCCCGGCAGGACCUGCGGUACAUCUUCAUCCCCUCAGACCUGCGUGACUACGUGAUGCUGAGGGCGGCUGUGCUGGGUGAGCCUGUCCGCAAGGGCCCCGACCAAGGGGACAGGCCGCAGACCUAUUUCGGCCCGGAAGCCUCUGCCGGUAAAUUCAAGCUACUCCAUCCAGACUUCAUCAGCUACCUGACCCAGAGGUUUUUGAAAUCCAGGCUGAUGAACACAAAUUUCGGAGACCUCUACAUGCCCAGUACUGGGGCCCUCAUGUUGUUGACAGCUUUACACACCUGUGACCAGGUGAGUGCCUUUGGAUUCAUCACCAGCAACUACUGGAAAUUCUCUGACCACUACUUCGACCGAGUCAAGAAGCCACUGGUGUUCUACGCAAACCACGACCUGUCCCUGGAAGCCGCCCUGUGGAGGGACCUGCACGUGGCCGGCAUCCUGCGGCUGUACCAGCGCUGACCCCGGGCCGCUGUGCCCUCUGGCCUGGCGGAGCUGGCCGCCGAGUCCCCUCCCAAGAAGCCGAAGUGCCACCUCGUCCUUUCAGCGUGACAGGGUCCCCGACCCCAGACCCACUCCUUCCCUGCCGAUGACUGCCACCGAGGCCUGUUCAUUGUGAAACACCCCGUCUUGUCCUUGGCUCCCCUCUGGCUCCAAGAUGGACACUCCAACCUGGGGCGAGGGCACAUGGGCUGCUCCGCUGGAUUUGUUUAACACUGAAGACAACACUCCCAAGAUGUGGCUGUCACCUCGUCAGAAAGGGACGCCUUAGAGCCUAGCCUCAAGGCCGGCAGGUGGGGCCCAACGUCACAAACGCACACUCCCCAGCCCGGACCCUCCCCCUCGCAGGCAGGCAGGCGGUCAGGGCCCCUCGCAAACGCCAAGGCAACUCAAGGACGCGUCUUCACCUUCCCGAGAACCUGGCCGACUCACACCUACCCCGUGAUGAAGCACCAGAGGCAGAAUGUAAUUGGAAACUAGGUGAUUGCAUAAAUGGUGGACAACC